AUGGUCCGCCUCCAUGUUUCCGCAACGGCGUUACUCCUCGCAGCUGGGACCGUUGUCAACGCCAAACCAGUCCUCCACCCUCGUGACUCUCCAAAUAACAUCACCGCGAGAUACGAUGUGGGAUUCGACAACAGUCUUGUUCGAACUCUCAAGACCACCGAUGUCGUUCCUAAGAUUUUGUACCUGGAUAGUGAAGAGUACCGAACGCUCAUCUCCCCGGACAAUGUAACGAAAAUGGAACCUUUCAUUCCGGAGCAAGAACGCAACACAAUCAAUGGCUAUGUGCGGCGAUGGAUCAAUGGCAAAGAUAGCCGGGAGCAGUUCACUUCGAGGGAAUACCCUUGGCGGAAUGUUGGUAGAAUUGGCUGGUCCAACGGUGUGGUUUGCUCUGCAGCACUUGUCGGCCCGAGACAUAUCCUGACGGCAAAGCACUGCGCUCUGAUCGAGAACGCAUCUGCUAGAUUCUCUCCUGGUUACGACAAUGGCGAACCUUUUGGAGCGGGCCAGAUUGUUCAAAUCGCACUCAACGAUGUGAAGGGAGGAUCUUCUUGCGGGACUAAGAACGACUGGGCGGUCAUGGUCCUCGACAACAAACUCGGAAACAAAUUGGGUUGGUUUGGAGUCAAGGUCGCGGAUCCAGGUGUCAGACGUGACUGGCCCGGAUUCUGGUCGAUGGGAUACCCUGGAGACCGCGAUGGCACACAGAGACCUUAUCGCGUGCAAGGCAACCCAAUCCUUUCUUCAAAGCCUUGGGACUGCGAUGGCCUUGGACCCGUCUACACGGACACGGAUGUCAGCGGCGGACAGUCUGGUGGACCCCUUUGGGGCAGAAUCGGAGACAAGCGAUAUAUUUGGGGCACCUUGUCAGUUGGUAUUCAGAGUGGUAGUGAGUCUUGGUCUGGUUGGGCCAGUGGGCAAGAAAUGGUCUCCGCUAUUGAGCGCGUAAGGAGGGACUUUCCCUAG